CCCAAAACCGCCACGCCCCUCGAGCACAUCCUGCAGACACUUUUUGGGAAGAAGAAAGCUUUUGAGCCUCUCGCUAAGGACUCGGAAACUGCCCAGUCUUCAACUCAGGAAGGGCAGGCCGCUGCCGAGGUGGGCGUGUCGGCUGUGCCCUUGUUGGAUCCCAUUGUGCAGCAGUUUGGCCAGAUGUCGAAGGACAAAGCUAUAGAGGAGGAGGAGGACGACAGACCCUAUGAUCCUGAAGAAGAGUAUGGUCCAGAGAAAGCUUUUGAAAUGCAGACCGGUGAGAGCGAAAAAAGAUUCGCUGUGGAAAAGACAUCUAAUAUAGCAGAGCUAGAGGAUGAGGCCUACGAUCCAGAAGAUGAAACUAUCUUGGAAGAAGCCAAAGUUACUGUUGAUGAUUUACCCAACAAAAUGUAUACGGACACUAAAAGCAAUUCUUCAGAAGCAUCUGCUUCGUACGUGCCUGAUUUGUCUGCGUCCUCGUCCUUGGUAGAGCAGCAAAAAAUGUUGGAAGAAUUAAACAAACAAAUCGAGGAGCAGAAAAGACAAUUAGAAGAACAAGAAGAAGCCCUCAGACAACAACGAGCAGCUGUCGGUGUUUCCAUGGCUCAUUUUUCAGUGUCUGAUGCUUUAAUGUCACCACCGCCUAAAUCUUCCCUGAUAAAGGCUGAAUUAUUCCACCAGGACCAGCAAGCUCCACAAAAAGUAGAUUUACCUUCAUCUUUAAAUCAGCAAGCACCAGUUCUGAGCCAGGGCUGUGACCCGAGGCAGAGCAGAGAUCCUCGGCAAGCUAGGAGAAUGGUGACAGAGACCGGUGACAGCGCUGACUCUCGACUCAAGCCCCAGGUGGCACCGAAUGAGAUGCCCGCGAGAGAAAUGGCUCCAGCAAGUUUUCCAAAUGCUCUGCCGACUUCCCUUGGUAAAGAAGAUCAAACUUUAAUCUCUGCUGCUCAGCCUGCUUUUAGUGGUGAUAAUUGGGUUUCGAGUGACAAGGCUUCUACGGUGCCCCAGAAAGAGGCAGCUAACAGCGUAUUUGAAAACACUGUUCAAGUCACCUUGGAAAACGUGAGUCAGACAGCUCCUGGAGAACCUUCUGCAGCCAAACCUUUACGUAAAGUGCUGCUACCAACCCCUCCAAGCACAUCUUUUCAGCCCAAUUUCUCCACGUCAAACAGUCAGUCUUUGCAAGAUAUGCAUCAAGUGGCGUGGUCGAAUGAGCCCAAGGAAGCAAUGGGAAGGGAUUCUUUUUCAAAUGCCAUGUUUACUUCUCAGGAAAAUGCAGCUGGUCACUUUGAACCAGAGAGAGGUCUUUCAUCAGUGCAAUACGACGAACAAAGAAAUCCUCAGUCUCACCAGUUUGUAGAACAAACUGAAUCUCCAUCAGUUCAGAGUGAGUGCGGACCUUCCCCGCAGCACUUUGAAGAAAACCAAGGUGUGCCUCCAUUCUCUUUGUCUGGGCAGAAAGGAGGGCCCCCAGCACCAGUGAUGCUCAAUGCCCCCGGAGGACCUCAUGGACCUAAUUUCAGAGGGCCAGCACCACAGUUCUCUGAAGAGCACGAUUCUCCAAAUAACGAUGGGCAAAGAGGGCCUCCAUCUGGAAGGUUUGGAGGUCAAAAGGGUCCCAUUCCUUCCUUAUUUUCUGCACAGCAUGGACCACCCUCUCUUUUCGGUGAUAACAGAGGCCCUGCCCCUUACCAUGGUGUUCCAAGAGGAAUGUCACCAUCUCAGUUUGAAGAUUGCAGGGAGCCUCACAUGGAACAAAGGGAAUUCUCAGAUUCCCAAUACAAUGAAAUGAUUAGGCCUCCAGGACAGUUUGAAGGGCCAGAUGCACCUCAGUUUAUGGGAAACAGAGGACCUUCACCUUUUCCUUUUGGAGGGCAGAGACGACCCCCACCAGCUCAGUUUAAAGGACAGAGAGGAGGCCCUCAGUUUGGAGGGCCAAGAGGUCCAGCCCCAAGUCAUUUUGGGGGACCAAGAGGGCCUCACCCAAAUCAAUUUGAAGGCCAGAGAGGUCCAGCUCCAAACCACAUGCCUGGUCCAAGAGGACUUUUGCCACAGCCAUUUGAAGAACGGAGAGGGAGUCCACCACCCAGAUUUGCCAACCAGAGAGGUCCAGCACCGGUUGGAGGCCAAAGAGGAGCCACACCAGCGCUCUUUCCAGAAGAAAAUGAACCUCCCUCUUCUAGAUUUCAUUUCCAAGGUCAGUCAUCACAAGGUAUGAAGCCACCCCCAAGACCACUCCUGGACCUUCCAAGCCAUCUGCCAUCCCACAGAAAAGAGAUGUGGGAGGAGGCUGGACCGUCCUCAUCCCUUUCCAAUAUUUCUGGACAAGGGUCCGAUUCGGAAGGACAGUGGUCGGCGUCUGACUUCCGAGAAGGCAAAAAUCCUGACUUUAGGGGCCAGGCGUUUGAAGGGCGACAGAGAGAGAGAUACGAGGGAGGGAAUAAAGACAAGGGCGUGGAUCAGCCAGAGCCUCAGCAGGCAGAUAAUCGCCAGGGCCGGUCCUUCGAGGAGAGACGAAGGGAUCGAGAGCACGGCAGACCCUGGGAAAGAGACCGCGGCAGGAACUGGAACAGGGACAGGGACUGGGAGAGGCACAGGGACAAGGAGUGGGAUAAAAACAGGGACAGAAACCAAAACAAAGACCGAGAGAAGGACUCCGAGCGGGCUAAGGAAUGGGACAGAAACCGAGACCGAGAGAGAGCAAGAACCAGGGAGAGGGAAUCCUACAGGAGACGUGAUCGAGAGCGCUCCCGGAGCAGGGACAGAGACCGCGAGCGGGAGAAGGACCGGGACCGGGACCGGAGCAGGGAGAAGGAGCGAGAGAGAGACCGGGAGCGGGACCGCGAGAGGGACAGGGGCAAGGAGCGCAAGGAUCGGAGCAAGAGCAAGGAAACGGGUAAGGAGGUGAAGCCAGAAACACCGAAGGAAGCUCAGAAACCAACAGAAACAGAGGCUUCAUCUUCUACUAGCCAGUCAUAG